GUUUGGUGUGUGUUGCAGGUGCUGAUCUCGCCGGUGUUGGCAGGCCUGGCGGUGGGCAUCGGAGUGCCGAUCCUGCUGUUCUACGUGUAUGGCGUGGUGCCGGUGUCGCUGUGCCGGUCGGGCGGGUGCGGCGUCUCCACCUCCAGCGCCGGCGUGCGAUUCGAGUUCGACGACGAAAACGAAAUCAUGACAGUCAUGGCCAACAAACCUAACGAUGGUGACACAGUGAGCCACCCGGGAGGCAACCCGAGCAUAGGGGAGGUGUCGCUGUCGCUGGGCAGUGGCAGUCAGCUGGGCGAGAGGGACGCCGAUCGCGAAUCCGCCAGUCUGGCCGGCCUCACCGGAAGCAUAGCUGGUGCAAACAGACUGGACGUGCAAGCAGAGGUGGCGUCGAGUCAGCGACUGAGCAUGAGCAGUGAGACGGCGUCGGCGACCACCUCGCUCUCUCUCUCCGAGGACAAGUCACUGGCCGACGAUGGAGCAGCCUCUACUCGUGCCCUCGCCGGAUCUGUCCUUAACUUCAAGAUAGACAACGGCUCACUUUCCAACUACCGCACAGCGACGGGGAGCAGCAGCACAGAGGGGGGAGGGGCUACCCCCACCCCAUGCGCAGGAGACUUGCGCAAUGAUCCACUCGAGGCAUCACUCAGCUCACUCGAGGAACUCGCCUCAGGACUCAUGCGUCGAGUGGCGAGGAGGCGCUUGCCGCUUGAUAGACAGACAAGUGAUAGCGGUGACGAGGUUGGACUGGAGAGAGUUCGAUUUGACGAUAAUGUCAGUUUCAUAGACGCCGAAAGAGGACACUGCAAAUCUUCCAGAAAGCAUAAUAGCAGUUCUGAGCCCAGUGCUAGUGGAGCUAAUUCAUCAAGGACUGUCUCUUCAUUACGCUCGCUGUUCUUUCAUCAGCUGGCCGAAUCGCGCUCCAAUGCCGGAAGUAAUCAGGCGGCUGACAUCAUCACUUCCGGAGCACCGGCCACUUCCGGUCUGCCCGCCAUCCUGGAACCCAGCUCGCUGUCAGCCGAUGCAGUCGUCAUAUCUAUUCCGCAGGCCUGAUUCCACCCCCGCCCCGUGUCCAUCACGCUGCGUAUGCCCGCCAAACCCAAGUUGGGCUUCGGAAAUUGAAAUUUCAUCACCACUUAUUAUUACUGUAUACAUAGUGAGAUUCACUUGCAACUAUCAGCAUGGAUUGAAUGAACGCGUCGGUGUUAUUCAUGAAACAAAUUCUAUCAGUAAAGUGAAUCUUACUAUAACAAUAUACGGGGUUGGAAUUUUCAUUCUGUGCAGCAGUGAAGCAGUGAUAUUGGGGCAGAUAAAUACGUCAGACAUUCUAUAUUACAGUUUAAGUUAAUGAAUGCUUUCUAUUCUAAAUAAUAUUAUGUCAUCAUAAACAAAAUGUCAGGACAUUUCAUAUAGGAAGUAUAUGAAUGAUUUAAUAUCAUUAUAAAUAGGACAUGAUUCUCAUUUUGUGAAGCAGUGAAGAUGACAUUAUGAUGGCAUAUGUGUCACACAUUUUUCUUCGAAAGCUGAUGAACGUUUAAAUAUCAUAUUAACAUGAUUAUAGUGCUGGGCAAAAAUACAGAACACCGUAAAUCAUUAUUCGAUUAAUGAAAGUUGAUAAAUGCUUUGAAUAUUAUUAACAAUUUUACUAUUCAAGAAAAAUUAACUUGCUUGUUGUGAAGCAGUGAACGUGAGUGAUAUUGAGGCAGAUCAUUUAAUACAUUUCAUAUUGAUGUUGAUGAACGCUAUUGAUAUUAGAACGCUAUUACAAUAUGGGACGUUAUUUUCUCAACUUCAUCACUGAAAAUUGGUCUACUUUUGUAUAGGUUUCUCCAGUCUUAUGUUGCAUGUAAUUUUGUCAAAAUUUAUAUUUAUAUUAGUAUAUUUUGUUUUCAACUAUCAAAUUAUCCUCUAUCAAACGUUUCGUCUUACGUAGUUCGUUUCGAAUUAUUUUUCUGAUAAGUUCUAUUCAUUAUUGUAGGCAACAUUUGACUUAUAAACUACCAGAAUAUUUUUCGAAUGUAUAUGCAGUGUUUUCUUAGUUGGACUCUUAUUAAAAACAGGAUAUUAUUCAAGAAUCGUUGAUCUUCUAACUAUAUCUUUAUAAUUCAGUAUCUCACCGAAUUCAUGUUAUGACUUCAUACUUUGCAGAGAAUUUAUUGUCAUAAUAUCUAUACCUGUGAUAUACUUAUAUACCUCCCCCUCCUAUAUCUCCCCAAUGCUCCCCCUCCUUAGCAAACAAUACAUGUCUAAUUAAUAUUUAAUCAAUGUCAAGCACAGAUUUCCAAACGCUUUAUCAAGACUAAUAAUAGAUAAUUAAUUGCAUGUUAAUAUUAUAUAAAAUAAAUUUAAACGCGUGAAAAUAAAAAUUCUACGAAGUACUUCUAAUAAAUAUUAUAAAUACAACUAAGCUUUUCUUAAUGUAUCGUUGAUAUGAUUAUUGUCAAAAGACUGUGAUGUAUAUUUCUAUUGAAACUUGUAAGUUUGAGUGUAUUCAUAACAGAUCAUGCUCAGCUGUCUAUUAUCUGUAGUUCUGCAGUUAAAAAAAUGAUAUAUAACCUAUUCAACUUAAUUAUUAUACCUAUUUAUUAAUAUGUAUUUAAUUAAUAUAAAAUAUUAAAAUCACAUGUAUUGCUACAUUCAUUAUCAUCUUAUCAUUCAUGAUUCAAAUAAGCGAUACAGUCAAUUUAAAAGUUACCAUGGAGUUAAAUCAGACUAAUUAAGUUUAAUUGUAUUUGAAUUAUGAUUUACAACUGUAUUAAUGAUCAUACUCUUGCACUGUCCUAGACAAUGAAUUGAGAAAGACUAGAAAUUGCCAAAUACUAUAAUAUACUUCUAGUCUUCAAACAAUGCUGUUGAAUGUUCAUUUUAUUUUCACAUUUCUACUCAAAUUUCUACAGUUUUUAAAGUGAAGUUUUUAUUCUUAUAAUGAUACUUCCAUUUUUAUAAAUCUAUAUUAUUAUCGAUUUAUCGUGGAGUUCACUACAAAGAAGGUAGAUUAGUAGGCUAUGGCAGAUCAUUUUGUCAAAUACCGUACUGCCAUUCAUUUCAUUAAUUGAAUAACAGUCACACGUGAUUGUGUUACGUAAUUUUAUUAUUUUAUAAAUGCCAGUUCAAUAUGUGAGAGAAUAUUAUUAUAAAAGCUAAUCCUUGACAUUCAGUCUUAAGCUAAUUUAUUAUUUUCAUCAUUCUAAACAGAAAACUGUAUUUAGUACAAUUUUCAUGGUAAUUUCAUAGCAAAAUACUUGUUUUUAGAAAAAGAAUUAAAUGAUAAAUUAUAUUUCAAUGUUUUUCCUGCAUGAAGAAUGACUUUUCAUCUUUCAACAUGAAACCUUUUAACGAAAAUAAUUUAUUAUUUCGUUUUGUACUAAAAAUGUAAGGAAAGUUGUAAACCCUUAAAACGCAUGAUUUAUAUUGAUAAUGAAAGUUUUAUUUUUCUAUCAAAUAUAAAAAUUAUUAAACAUGAUAAUAAUAAUACUGUAACAAUAUUACCCAUCUUUAAUCAGUUAGGUAACAAUUGAUCGAUUCAUGACUAUUGUAGGUAAGGUAGGUACUGACCUCUUUGAUAAAAAUUAUUCGUGGGAAAAUAGAUGUCAUAUUUAAUUCAAUGUUUUGUAAAAUUUUUGGGAAUACAAAAACUGUAGACUCGAGAUAUACUUUACUUUUCUUGAAUAGGAAUAAUAAUUAAUAUCCAUGUUGCAUGAAUUUCCAUGUACAUACCAUACCCUUGAAAUAUGUUUAUGAUAAAUCAAUUUAAAAAACCGUUAAUUUCAAAUAAUUGAAUAUUCUAAAUAAAUUUUUAAAUUCUAAAAUUUCAGCAUUCUUAGAAACAGAAAAUUGAAUGAAUUUGAUUAACCCGAUUUGACGUUCUUUCCACAUACCUACGAGAUAAACAUUAGGUACAGUAACGUUUCUUAUGAUGAUGAGAAAUAAACUUCAAUUUCAUGUAUGCUUCAUCCAAUUUCAUAAAAAACAAUUUUUAAAUCAUAAUAAUUAUUACUGUAAUAAAUCUAAAAUUGUCAAAACAAUUUUUUUUUAUUUGAAAAGAAUAAAUACAUAAAUUAUUAUUUAUGACGUUUAGAGAAUUAUAAAUUUUUCAUUGGACUCUAAAAAUACAGUGGUGGGCGCUAAAUAAUAUGUUUUUAAAGUAAGUUAUUGAUUUUUCAAAUUCCAAACUGAUAAAUACUAAGUUGGAUAAUAUAGCAAUACUUUGUCGUUAUAUGCAAGAAUGACUUGUUCCUACCUUUUCUGUCCUAAAUAUUAUUUAGACUGAAUUUUAGUCGUUAUUUUCUCCACAUACGGCUCUACAAAGCAACUUUAUCGAUAAUGCCUAUCAAAUAACAUAUUUACCCUUUCCUCUACAAAUGUAUUUAUUCAUACUAGAAACAUCCUAUUUAUUGUAAUGAAUAUGACGGAGAUUUUUGUCUUUGUUUAAUUUGACAAGUCUAUUGAUGGCUAACUAGACUGUAAAUUAAGACGUUAUUGUAAUAAGCUUUAUUUUAUCUGUAAAUCGUGAUUUGAGACUUGAAUUGUUAUAAAAAUGACGACUAAUCGAAGGAGAAAGACAUUUUGACUAAGAACGCAUUACUUGUCUGUUUUUAGAUAGGUUUUCAGCUAUAAAGUUACCUAUUUUUGGACAGUUAUUAGAAUACUUGUGUUCAUUUUAGCAUUUUGCGUGUUAUUAAAAUUCAUAUUGUUAUUCAUGUAGUCGGUGUACAUCUCAUACUCUGGAAAACUAAAUGAUGUUACGAUUGUAAAAAAUUGAAUGUAAGUUUACUCAAUAUUCUGUAGAGAACGUAACUCCAAUGACUGAUUUGACCGUUUAAUAUUAUUGACUUACCUGUACAACUGGCAAAAUAGUAGUUCACACCAAUUAACAACCCAGAUAAGUUCAGUAUUUAUUCACGAAUAGUUUAUUAUUAUUUUUUAAAGAUUUCUCAAUCAAAAUUUUGAAAUAUCAUCAAAAUUGAAGAAUGGAACCAUCAAAAUCAAUUACUAUUUAUGAAAAAUUGUCAUAUUAUGUCAUGUAUUACGCUUAACCAAUAUUGAUCAAGCUAUUAAAAUUGAGAAGCUUUAUAUAUAUAAUGUUUCGAACAAAAUUUCUACUUUCAUGAAAGUCAUCUAAGCAUCCCAAUAUAAAUAAAAUUUUACUUUUUGAUUUGUGAUGAACAGCAUGUACUAUGAAUCUCACAAAAUGUAAAAGUAUGUAAGUUAUGUUUGUAAAUUAUUAUCGUUCUACAUCAUCAAUCUAAUUUUGUAAAUAUAUCAAUUGUAAUUUAUAUUUUUCCUUCAUUAAAUUUUUGAAUAGA